UUAAAACAGAGAGAGCUCGUAACGCAGCGAAACGACAUGGAGUCUUCGGCUAUAUUAAGGUUUGCCCUAUAGCUGAACGCUGGCAUGUGCAGUGAGCUCCUGAGCUUUCUUUGACCUCUCUUCGAGUUUGAGCGACGAUGGGGUUUGGUUCACGUUGUGCCGUGGUUGCGCUCUUUUCUGCAUUGCUGGUUGGUGCCGUCGUCGGAGACGCCGAUGGCGUCAGAGACGGGAAGGGCUUGUUUCCUCACCCGCGUUUCUUUAAACGAGGGGGUCUAGGGCGUGGGAUUUACAGGAAGGGUUUUAGGCACGGGAAGUUUGGUGGAGGCGGUCUUGGAGGAGGUGGGGGCUUAGGGGGUGGAGGUGGACUUGGAGGUGGGGCUGGCGGGGGUGCUGGAGGAGGCUUUGGCGGCGGGGGCGGUCUAGGAGGCGGGGGUGGUUUAGGAGGUGGAGCGGGUGGUGGGUUAGGAGGUGGGGCUGGUGGAGGUGGUGGGUUAGGCCAUGGUGGAGGUCUUGGUGGAGGUGGUGGUCUCGGCGGUGGUGGGGGAGGUGGUUUAGGGGGCGGCGGCGGAGCCGGAUACGGCGGGGGCGCUGGGUUCGGAGCAGGGGGAGGUCACAAAAAAUUGCAUCCAUGAGCUUUACGUGGUGUAAUAUGAAGGUGGCAGCAUGCAAUGACGCAUGGGAAAUUUGUGUUCCUUUUUCUUUUUCCCCACUUCGAAUUUGCUUUCGUUAUCUAAUUAAGGAAGUGUCGUAUGAAGAGAGAAUUCUUCAAUCAAGUCAGUUGCUUUCAGAACCGUCCUUAUCAUCUUCUUGCCUAUGGAUAAAUUUAAAUGUUCAACCUUAAUCAACUUGUAUAUGCACGUGAUUUGAAGGUGAA